AAAGCCAAGGAGCGCGGAGCCGUGGUGGUGAGGGAGCCCUGGGUGGAGGAGGACAAGUUCGGGAAGGUGAAGUUCGCGGUGAUCCAGACGUACGGUGACACCACCCACACCUUGGUAGAGAAGCACAACUACAGGGGCCUCUUCCUGCCCGGGUUCCACCCGCCCCUCUUCAAGGACCCCCUGCUGCCGAAGCUACCCAGCGCCAAACUCAACUUCAUCGACCACGUCGUGGGGAACCAGCCCGACCUCCAGAUGGUCCCAGUGGCAGACUGGUACCAGAAGAACCUCCUGUUCCACCGCUUCUGGUCGGUGGACGACAAGCAGCUGCACACCGAGUUCAGCGCCCUGCGCUCCAUCGUGGUCACCAACUACGAGGAGACCAUCAAGAUGCCCAUCAACGAGCCAGCGUUUGGCAAGAAGAAAUCCCAGAUUCAGGAAUAUAUCGACUACUACGGAGGGGCUGGAGUCCAGCACAUCGCGCUGAACACCUCUGACAUCAUCUCGGCGAUCACCAACCUGAAGCAGCGCGGGAUGCAGUUCAUGGACGUGCCCUCCAGCUACUACCAGGUGCUGCGGGAGAGGCUGAAAACGGCCAAAAUCAAAGUGAAGGAGAACAUCGACAAGCUGGCGGAGCUGAAAAUCCUGGUGGAUUUUGAUGAGAAAGGCUACUUGCUCCAGAUCUUCACCAAACCAGUUCAAGACAGACCCACAGUCUUCCUGGAGGUCAUCCAGCGGCACAACCACCAGGGCUUCGGCGCCGGGAACUUCAAGUCCUUGUUUGAAGCCAUAGAAAUGGAUCAAGACGCGAGAGGAAACCUGACCGUCCUGGAGCCCAACGGGGAGACCAGGCGCAUCUAG